AUGAAAAGCAACGACGUGCUCGCCUUCAUCAUCCUCGCCUACGCAGCGCUCGGCGUGCUGGUCGGCUUCUGCAUCAUCCGCUUCGCCGCCGUCAUCCGCCACCGCAUCCACGAGUCGUCGACAUCAGCAUCCUCCUCCUCCUCCUCCUCCUCCUCCUCCUCCUCCUCCUCCUCCUCCUCAGCGACGAAGUCGACCUCAUCGUCUUCGCCCGGCUCGUCGACAAAUAACGGCGGCGGCAGCAGCAGCACCAGCGAGUCAAGCGCUUCCACUCCGGGACCGGGCCCGGAGCCCGGAGCGCCGUUUUAUCCGCCACCACCACCACCACCGCCGCCGCCGCCGCCACCACCACCACCGGUUGCCCAUGGCGCAUUCGCGUACCCCCCGCACGUCCCGCCCGUUCCGCCGCCGGUGGGUUUGGGCGCUACCGGGUACCCGCCACCGCCGCCGCCGUCGCCUGCUAGGUGA